AUGGUUAGCAAUGUCAACUUCGAGGGCUACAUGAUUGCACUGGGUAUCAGCCCUUCCUUACGGAAAAUUGCACUGAGGUUGAAACAGAGGAAAGUGAUUGAGCACGACAUUUUCAAAACCUUCAGCACCUUCCGGACUUACACCCUUCCCUUCAAAGUGGAUGAGGAGUUUGAUGAAUUUACCCAGGGAGUGGACAACAGACAUGUCAAGUCAUUGGUUAAGUGGGAUGGUAACAAGUUAGUUUGUGAUCAGAUUGGAGAGAAAAAGAACCGGGGCUGGACUCACUGGAUUGAAGCGGAUACACUGCAUCUGGAACUGUACUGUGAGGGACAGGUCUGCAAGAAAACGUUUAAGAAAAAUGUGAAUGAAUGAAGAUCAAUCAAUCAAUAAAUCAAUCAAUCAAGUUGUAUUUUAUAGCGCUUUUGUAGCUGCAACAGCCACUCAAAGCACUUUACAGUGAAAGCUUGCAGAAGAAGUUUGAUAAAGACAGAUAUGAUGUUUUUAGUCCAAUACUCUGAACCCUGAGUAAAGCGACUAGGCUAAACAACAACUCUGGGAUCGAUAACAUGAUUUGACUUCUGAACAUCCAGUCACCAUGAGGAAAGUCCAAAUUGCACUACAGAACAGGCCAAUGGUAUAUGGAUUUAAACCAAUAAGUGACACUACUGACUAUAUUUCAGCAAGAUUCUGGUGUUGCUUGAGGUUCAGAGCAGAAGAAUGACACUCAAAAUUCACAAGCUGAAACCCCAGAUGUAAUUCACAUAAAAGUCUUCCAUGGGCUCUUUGAUGUUUAUAAAAUCUUGUUGCUUAGUUUUCAGAGAAAAUUAAGUCUCUUAUUUUUCUUCUUUUUUUCACGCCGUGGCUUGUGCUGUCCAUUUGACCUCUGUAAGCAUUUUCUGAAAGCAAAUGCCUCACCUGUAGUGAAAUGUGUAUAUGUCCAGCAAUUUUGAGAAAGGAUUUUAUGAGCUAUUUGGAAGUU